AUGACAACGGGAACAGAAUUUCACUGUCACGGAACCUGCUAUAAGGGCGAGUUCCGUCCAGAAAAACAUGUAAGCAAAGAUUAUGCUCUUCUUGGGCAUUCGUUCCGAAAUCUUAGCGAUUUAACAGACCAGGAAUGUUUCAGUGCCUGCAUCAGUGACUGCAGAUGUCUCUCAUUUCAAAGGAGAGAUUCCAGCUGUGAAUUGUUAGAAGAGGACAGAGGGACAGCGGCCCAGGAUUUCGGACAGGUACCAGGGUACGCCUAUUACGACAUAACUCAGGAAUUUGUGCAACAGGAUGCUAACAACUGUCUAAAUGGAUGCUGUCGGUCGAAUCCUUGUUUAUACGGAGGAACAUGUUCAGAGCUCUGUACUGACGUGAAACUGAAAUUCAGUUGUGCGUGUCCUGUAAAUUUCGGAGGUAGAGUAUGCGAGAUCGCACCUUCAUGUCUGGACAUCAAAACAAGAAAUCCACAAGCAACGAGCGGAGAAUACACAAUACAAGACACAUCGGGGAAUUUAUUCAAAACCUACUGCGAUUUCAGUUCUGAGGCGGAUUUUGUUUGGACUUUAAUAGAAACAUUUUCUCUGGCGAACUUAGAGCAUUUCGCUGGGGUGCACUUUGGCGCGGAUUGGCCUCGAAAUGAAGGCAGCGUGAAUUGGCUUGAUUUUCGAUUGACGCGGAAUGAAAUGAAUUACAUUACAAAUCAGGGAGCGACGCAUUUCAGAGCGACAUGUGACUUCGAGAAAGACAACUUUGACAUCAACACCGACUACCUGAGAGGAAAGAUUGCGAUUGUGGAUUUUUUCUCAGGGGAUAACGACAUCUUCGACACUUGCAUUGAAUACGAGCGGGUGCGAAUCUUUGGAGCUGGUUGUGACAACUGUACAGCGGAAACCUGGCACGCACCAGGCUAUCACGCUCACAUAGAGGAUAAUUCAUGCGACUUACAAGUCGAGAUUAACUACUUCGGUUCACGUCGAGAAUAUUUUGGGUAUUUUCAAGCAAUUAAAAGCGACCAUCGGUGUUCAUCCUCGCCAGGGUCAACGACGCAGUGGUGGCUGGGAGUAAAGCUGCAACAACAAGCACAACAACAAGCACAACAACAACAACAACAACAACAACAACAACAACAACAACAACAACGAUGACGACCGUAGUAACCUUCACUUUU